CUGACAGGGACACGGAUCUUCUGGUUAAAUGGACAAAAGGGUUUCCACCUGGACCAAUAUGCUAUAAGGUCACAUUUUGUUAUUGGAUUUUACAAGUGUAAAAGGAAGGCUUGAACAGGCCUGUGGCCACUAGUUGGUUGUUUAAGGGAUCCAAGUGUUGUUCUCCAUGGAUCUCACAGAAGAGGAAACCACUCCUCUUGUCAACCGAGAAAGGAUGGGAAGCCAAAGGUCAAACUCCGGGCCCGGCUUGCAGGUCCAUCUUUACUUCAGCCCAGCACAGAAGGGUGAAACAAACUUCUGGAUUGCCAGUGGGCAGAUAACUGCAGAGGAGGUCUGCAUUGCUGCUGCGAAGGAAUGUGGAAUCCUACCUGUUUACCACAGUCUCUUUGCAUUGGCCGAUGAAGACAUCUCAUGUUGGUUCCCACCCAACCAUGUGUUCAACGUGAAUGAAUGUGUAAACCUCGUUGUACACUAUAGAGUCAGGUUUUUCUUCUCAAACUGGUUUGGGCAAGGAACCAGGACAACACAUCGUUACAACCUUGCAAGGAGCAGAAUCAGCACAGUGCUGGACUACUGUGUCAUUGACUAUCUCUUUGCUCAGGCACGCAGUGACUUUGUGACCAGCCAGGCAGGGAUUUCACCCCCACUCAGUGCUCAGGAGGAGUGCCUUGGUAUGGCAAUGUUGGACUUGUGGCGGAUGGCCGAGGAGCGCAACCAGAGCCUGAAGGAUGUCUGCAAGACUGUCAGUUAUAAGUCCUGCCUGCCUGAGUCUCAACGGCAGGACAUCCAGCGGAUGAACCGCCUGGCUCGUUACCGGCUCCGCAAGACCCUGAAACACGUCCUGCACAAGCUGGGCCGCUGCCCAGUGAGUGGGCACAGCCUGAAGCUCAAGUACCUGAUGGAGCUGGCAGUGGUGGAGCCCUGUCACGGAACCGAGAACUUCCAGGUACAUGACCCUGGGUGGCAGCAGAAGAGAGAGGAGCCCAGGUGCAAGUUCCUGCAGGUCUCUGGGGAGGGUGGGAUCCAAACCAGAGCUGCCAAUGUCCAGGAGUGGCAGACCUUCUGCGACUUCCCAGAGAUCAUGGACAUCAGCAUCAAGCAGGCGUGCUGCGCGCAGGUGCCCCUGGAGAGCAGAGUGGUCACUAUGACCCGGCAGGAUGACAGAUGCUUGGAGGUUGAAUUUCAAACCCUGGCAGAAGCCCUGUCAUUCGUUUCGCUUGUUGAUGGUUACUUCAGACUGACCACUGACUCUAGUCACUUUUUCUGUCAAGAGGUUGCACCUCCAAGUUUGCUGAACGACAUCAAAAAUCACUGUCAUGGACCAAUUACGUCAGAAUUUGCAGUGCACAAGCUGAAAAAAGCUGGUGCAGAAAAUGGCAUGUUCCUCCUUCGACACAGUCCCAAAGACUAUGACAAGUAUUUCCUUACAGUCUGUGUUGAGACUUUGCUUGGGAUGGACUAUAAGGAUUGUCUGAUUGAGCAGGACAGUGGGUUUCGUCUUUCUGGGGUCCACACCUCUUUCUGCAGCCUGAAGGAACUCAUAGCAUUUUAUCAAGGAAAUGAGCUCCUUCUGGCAGAGGUACUCAUCAGGCUAGGCAGAUGCUGUCCACCUCGACCCAAAGAGCUCACAAACAUGAUCAUAAUACGGAACAGCUGUUCAGCAGAGGCCCUGGGAUCGCCCACCCCACAGAGACACAAGGCCAGUCAUGUCCAAUUCCAAAUGAUGAAAUAUGAAGACCUUCACUGGGGGGAGAGCCUGGGGCAAGGAUCCUUUACCCGCAUCUUCAGGGGUGGCAAGACAGAUAUCCGGGAUGGGGAGAGACACAUGACAGAUGUUUUGCUCAAAGUUCUAGAUAAUAGUCAUAAAAACUGCUGGGAGUCAUUCUUUGAGGCUGCCAGCUUGAUGAGCCAGAUUUCACACAAACACCUCCUCCUGGUCUAUGGGAUAAGUGUUCACAGAUCCAAAAACAUCAUAGUACAAGAGUUUGUUAAGUGUGGUGCCCUGGACCUGUACCUCAGAAAAAGGGGAGGAUCUAUACCAGUCAGCUGGAAACUUGACGUGGCCAAACAGCUGGCCUGUGCCCUGAACUUCCUGGAGGAAAAAAACAUUGUGCAUGGAAAUAUUUGUGCCAAAAACCUGCUUUUGGCCAGAGAGGGGGACCCCUCCUCAGGGACCUCUCCCUUCAUCAAGCUCAGUGACCCAGGAAUCGGUGUGACAGUGCUCGGCAGACAUGUUCUGCUUGACAGGAUUCCAUGGGUGGCUCCUGAAGUGCUGGAGGCACCAGAGAGUCUGGAGCUGGAAUGUGACAAGUGGAGCUUUGGAACAACACUGUGGGAGAUCUUUAAUGGAGGAAAGGCACCGCUACAGGGCCUGGAACCUCAGCACAAGCUGCAGUUUUAUGAAAAUCAUGAGCAGCUGCCUUCUCCAGAUUGGACGGAGCUAUCUGAUCUUAUUGGUCAAUGCAUGGACUACCAGCCUGGAUUGCGGCCCUCAUGUCGGGCCAUAAUCCGCCAGCUCAACAGCCUCAUAACAUCAGAUUAUGUGUGGCUGUAUGACCCUACAACCAGCACACUCCCAGAGAAAGACAGCAUUUGGAGAGUUCUCAACCUCUCUUACCAGCAGGAGCCUUCACAGUAUGAGGAGAGGCACCUGCGCUACAUUGGCCCCCUGGGGAAGGGUAAUUUUGGCAGUGUGGAGCUGUGUCGUUAUGACCCCCUGGGGGACAACACUGGAGAGCUGAUUGCUGUGAAAAGGCUGCAGCCCAACAAGCAGUCAAAUAUGGAAGACUUUCAGAGAGAGAUCCAAACCAUCAGCUCCUUGCACUGCGACUACAUUGUCAAGUACCGGGGCAUCUGUUACAGCAUGGGUCGUCUCAGCAUGAGCUUGGUGAUGGAGUACCUGCCCUAUGGCAGUCUGAUUGGAUACCUGGAGAAGAACCGGCAAAAUGUCAACAACAAAAGGCUACUGCUGUUUGCUUCACAAAUAUGCAAAGGAAUGGAAUACCUGCAGAGCAUGCGCUAUGUCCACAGGGAUCUGGCCGCCAGGAACAUUUUGGUGGCAAGUGAAACGCUGGUCAAAAUUGCUGACUUUGGGCUCACCAAAAUAAUCCCCCAUGACAAGGAGUAUUAUCGCGUGACACACCCAGGAGAGAGUCCCAUUUUCUGGUACGCCCCAGAGUCCAUCACUGAGUCCAAGUUCUCCCACAAGUCUGAUGUGUGGAGUUUUGGGAUUGUCCUGUAUGAGCUCUUCUCCUACUGUGAGCACAGUCGAAACCCAAAGAGGUUAUGUCUUCAGAAGAUUGGAAAUGACAUGCAGGGCCCUUCCAUCGCAGUGCACCUCGUCAAUAUCCUCAAGGAUGGCUGGAGGCUGCCAGGUCCACCACACUGCCCACCAAAGGUCUACAGCAUGAUGCUUGAGUGCUGGGCCUACAGCUCUGAAGAGAGGCCAACUUUCUCCAACCUGGAAGAACAGAUUAAGACCAUUAUCCAAGAUGACAGAGAGGGUGCCAAAGGCUGAAAGUAAGUCUUGGGACAAUGUGGUUUACUCCAUGGCAGCCCUGGCCUACUCAGAAAUGACUUUUUAAGCUAUCGGCAUUGUUUAAAUGAAAAGUAAUAGUUUUUACAU